AUGGUGAGCAUAACUUUCAAAGAUUUUAAGAAGGAGAAGAUUCCUUUGGAUUUGGAUCUUUCCAGCAGCGUUUUAGAUGCAAAGGUACAAUUGGCACAAAAGAAAGAAUGCGAAGAAGGUCAAAUCAAGUUGAUCUACUCUGGUAAGGUGCUUCAGGAUUCUAAAUCAUUGCAAGAGUCUGGGCUGAAAGAUGGGGAUCAAGUGAUAUUCAUGAUUUCAAAGAAGAAAUCUACUACUACAACCGUUACAGAACCACAAAGUAAAGAAACUUCAGCACCAGUAUCACAGUCACCAGCACCACAGUCAGAGACCCCCGCUGCGGAAACUCAGCAAGAGGCCAGUUCAACUACCGAUCCAGGUUUUGUCGUGGGAGCACAAAGGAACGAAGCAGUAGAGAGAAUUAUGGAAAUGGGUUAUGAAAGAGAACAAGUUGAUCGAGCACUAAGGGCGGCCUUUAAUAACCCAGACAGAGCUGUGGAGUAUUUACUGAUGGGUAUCCCAGAAAACUUACAACAACAGCAGCAACCACAACAGCAGGCAGAACAGCCGCAAGAACAAGAGGAAGAACAGCAAGAGACAGAAUCAAACACUGAGCCUACUGGAGAAGCUGCAGGAGAAGACCUUUUCGCCCAGGCAGCACAACGUGGUGGUGCUCCAGGCGGUGAGACCGGUGGGGAAGGAACAACAGGUGGUCCACCAGGAUCAAUAGGUUUGACUAUGGAGGAUCUUCUUGCGUUGAGGCAGGUUGUCUCUGGUAACCCAGAAGCAUUGGCUCCAUUGUUGGAGAGUUUAAGCAAUAGAUUCCCUCAACUUCGUGAACAAAUCGUGGCAAACCCAGAGGUCUUUGUCUCGAUGUUGUUAGAAGCUGUGGGUGAGAAUUUGGAAGAUGCAAUGACUGGCAUGGAUGAGGGCACAGAGGGCGGUGCCGUUGCUGCGGGACAACAAGGUGAAGAAGUUAACGUUGAAGUCUCUGAGAGUGAUGAACAAGCGAUUGCUCGUCUUUGUGAACUUGGGUUUGAACGUGCGCUAGUGAUGCAAGUAUAUUUUGCAUGCGGUAAGAAUGAAGAGAUCGCGGCCAAUAUGCUAUUUAACGAGUUUGGAGAUUAA